AUGAUUAGACCUGAUGGGUCACUUUCGAAGGAUUCUUACAAAGCAAAGCGGAAGAGCUACCGCCUGGAGAAACAGAGAGUUGCAAAUGAAUUGGUGACUGCUUUGCAAGAUCCAGCUAUUGUCAUCUUGGCAGAUUGGCUGAAAGUUCGUGGAUCACUCAAGGGUUGGACGAAACUCUACUGCGUUCUCAAACCUGGACUCCUUCUCCUCUAUAAAAGUGAUAAGCUCAAGAGCAACCACUGGGUGGGCACCAUCUUACUGAGCAGCUGUGAGCUGAUUGAGAGGCCAUCCAAGAAGGAUGGAUUCUGUUUCAAGCUCUUCCAACCUCUCGAGCAAUCCAUCUGGGCCACCAGAGGGCCUCAGGGUGAAACUAUGGGUGCUGUUUGUCAACCUCUACCGACAUCUUACUUGAUCUUCCGAGCACCAUCACAAGCAGCAGGGAAAUGUUGGAUGGAUGGUCUGGAGCUGGCUCUCCGUUGUUCAUCUCUGUUAAAGCGAAGCUUGGGACAGGAAACCCCUGAGCUCAAUGGGUCACAGGAUGACCCUGGCCUUGAUGUAGAGGCCAUGUCUAUCCCAGAAAUGCUGGAUCCACAAGAGGCUGCAUGCCUGCCAGUUCUAGUUCUAGAUGAUACUGAUGCUGAAAAGCACUUCAAGGGAUAUGGCCUUGAAGAUGAUGGUGGGAGUCACACUGAUGAAACUCAAGAAUUGCGACACUCUGAGACUGAAACUGAUUCUGAUAAGUCUUCUUUGCCAAAAGAGGAUGGUGCUAGCAUCGGGGCAGAGGAAGUCCUAGAGCAGUGUUACCAACCUCAUGAGACUCAAUAUGUGUCUGCACCUGAGGAAGACCUUGUCCAUAUUGGAGAGUCAGGGUCUGGGCAAACAGAGGAAUUGGCAGAAGACAAUCGCUCAAUUCUCUGGUUUCUCUUGAAGCAAGUGAGGCCUGGAAUGGAUUUGUCACGUGUUGUUCUCCCCACAUUUAUCCUUGAACCUCGCUCAUUCCUUGACAAGCUCUCCGAUUAUUACUACCAUUCUGAUUUCCUUGCCAGGGCAGUUAAUGAAAAUGACCCAUUCAAGAGGAUGAAGGAAGUUGUACGUUGGUACAUGUCUGGAUUCUAUAAGAAGCCUCGUGGGUUGAAGAAGCCAUAUAAUCCAAUCCUUGGGGAGACCUUUCGUUGCUAUUGGCUUCAUCCAAAUGGAUCUAGGACAUUCUACAUUGCUGAACAGGUAUCACACCAUCCUCCUGUGACAGCAUGUUAUGUGUCAAACCGUAAGGAAGGCUUCACUGUGAGUGCAUCCAUCCUAGCCAAGAGCAAGUUCUAUGGGAACUCCACAUCAGCCAUAUUGGAAGGGAUAGCACGGCUCACACUUCUCCCAAGGGGUGAAGAAUACCUCAUGACGUUGCCAUAUGCCCACUGCAAGGGUUUGUUCAUGGGCACCCUCACCUUGGAGCUUGGUGGGAAAGUGAACAUCAGCUGUGACACCACUGGUUACUGCGCCGAGCUGGAAUUCAAGCUCAAGAUGAAAGAAGUACUCUGGAGCCCAACAGCAGAGAUGCGAGCACAGCGACUGAAGCGGUUCCUUGUUCCUCUAGACCAACAAGGCCAAUGGGAAUCUGAGAAGCUCUGGUUACAAGUCUCUGAGGCAAUUCGAGCUAAUAACCAGGAGUGGGCAACUGAGGAGAAGACGAAACUGGAAGAUCAGCAGAGAAAUGGAGCCAAGGAGAGAAAGCUGAAGGGAGAGGAGUGGGUCCCUAUAUACUUUGAACAGGAUCGCCUCCUUGGAGAAUGGGUAUACAAGCAUGCAGACCAUCGUCCAUGGGACCCAAGUACAGAUGUCUGUCAGUAUGAAGAUAAUUAUGUGAUUCACACGCACACUCGCUUGCAAGGAGCUCCCCUUGUCAAAUCAGGCAGUCUCAGCCUGCAGCACUUGCUGGAUGGAGGAGUGCCAGGAGUGACCUUCCAAGAAGAAGAUGAUACAGGGACUUCAGAAAGCGAUGGUCUUGUAUCUGGUAUCCCAAAACUGCGACAAAGACCAAGGGGGUCUCUUUCUAAGCUCGCCUCAGCAUUGAUUUCUGCACCCCUUGUCAGUAAUGAUGCACCACGUUUUAGUGAAUCUUCACUUGGUGUGGAUCCCUCUAGGCUCAAGUGUCUUGGUGAAGGAAGGGAUGAGAUCCAGAAGCACCUGGCUCGUCUUAAUUUCAAAUUGGACGAACUUCAACGGGAUGUAGGGAGUCGAAACCUCUGGCGAGAAGCCCUGCUCCUCCUCCUCUUUUCCAUCUUCCAGGCCAUCUUCCUCAAGUGGCUCCUUCGCACAUGAGCUACAAAUACUCACUCAUCUGCAUGGGCACUAAGCUAAUACUCCCUCUCUUCUCUUCCAUUCUGUUCCACAUGCACACAAAGCACAGUCUCUUGCAUUCCAGUCAAUGUGUGCUACUUAUUUUCUUCAGAAAAUAUAAAUCUCCAAACACAUUCCUUCCUCCUGAAUCUUCCAGAGCCCUCAAUUAAACACUAUGCAUAAGAAUUUUAAAAAAUAUGGAAAUGUACUCUCGCUCUUUCUCUCAAGUAAUUUUUUUUCUUUUUUGUUGAUACUUUGAUAUUUUACUGAGUACUGUCCUAAUCCCAG